AUGGCGCGAUUUUGGAAGUCAGUUGCAUCAAUAUCUCUGCUGGCAGCAGCAGCUUUGCCAGCGUGCUCCCAGCAAGUUUCCAAACUCCAGCCCGUUGGUGCUUCUGUCUGGACCAGUAGCGGACUCAUCGAGGGCCAUGCAGCGCCUGAGAGAUCCAAUGUCUCCGAAUACUUGGGAAUUCCCUACGCUACGCCGCCAACGGGAGAUCUGCGAUUCGCACGUCCAGUCGCAUACCAUUCCAAUUCUACUGUGCGCGCGAACUGUCCUGCCAACACCGGCACAACCCCGGAUGAUUACCCCGGUUUCACUCCUCAAGCCCAAGGAAUUAUCCAAACAUUUGCCCAGCAGUUAGGCACGCCUCAGAGUGAAGAUUGCCUGUAUCUGAACGUGUGGACUAAGCCCACAACUUCUGCUUUAAAGCCCGUGCUCGUCUUUAUUCAUGGUGGUCGGUUCUCCUUAGGUGGUGCACACAGUCCAUACUAUGAUGGUCAAAUAUUGGCCGACGAGCAAGAGGUAGUCGUCGUAACUUUCAAUUACCGAUUAAAUAUCUUCGGUUUCUCUGGCGCACCCGGGUCACCCCAGAACGUAGCAUUACUCGACCAACGUCUCGCAGUGGAAUGGGUGCAUCGCAACAUCCAAGCAUUCGGCGGAGACCCCAAUCGCAUCACAAUCUUCGGACAAUCAGCCGGCGGCGCAUCAGUCGACUACUAUUCCUACAUCUGGACCGAGAAACCUCUCGUUAGCGGCCUCAUCUCUCACUCAGGAACAGCACUAAGCUUCAAGCCCAACACGCCCGAGGAAUCAGCCAGCUACUUCUACCACGUAUCCCAAACCCUAGGCUGCGGAAACAGCACCACCAACACAAAUCACAUCAUCCACUGCCUCCGCCAACAACCCUACCAAUCAAUCCUGAAAGCCGUCGCUAAAGUCCCAACCGCGCCCUCUCCCGUCCUCCCCCAACCCGUCUUCCACCCAACAGUAGACAACAUAACCAUAUUCAACAACUACGCCGAAAGAUCAGCCUCCGGGAACUUCACCCGCAUACCAUACCUGGUAACCAGCAACGCCAACGAAGCAGGCUACUACCGCGUCAGCGCCUACGCCGCCAACAUCUCCCACCCAGACCCCGUCUGGAACCUAUUCAACCAAGCCGCCUUCACCUGCCCCUCGGGGCAAACAGCAGCACACCGCGCCGCAGUCGGCGUGCCAACCUGGCAAUCGCGCUACUUCGGCGACUGGGAUAAUCUCCGCUUGUACCCAUCCAGCGGCGCGUAUCAUGGCAUCGAUCUCCCUAUGGUCUUCGGCACUGCUAGCAAGAUCAGUGGGAUAGCUGAUUCAGAGACGGAACGCGAGUUCGCAAGGUAUAUGGCAUCAGCAUGGGCUGCUUUUGCGAGGGAUCCUGUGGCUGGAUUGAGUCGGUUUGGGUGGCCGAGAUAUGAUGAGAAUGAAGAAACGCUCGUGGGUCUUGCUUAUGGGAAUUCGACCGGGGCAAGGUUCUUUGUUCCUUCGUCGUUUGAAUGGGAAUAUACUACGCCUAUUGAAGAAUGGCUUGUCUUGGAGAAAUCACUCCCGGAUAUCCCGAAGGACUUGAGCAUAGAACAGUUGAAGGCUGCGGCGAAUCGCGAUCGGGAGGCCUUGUCGGCGAAGGCUAUGGUUGAGGAAGGUCUGGUAUCGCAGGUAUCGAUGCAAGAUUACAAGAUCCCGACGCGGGAUGGAGAGACGCUGGAAGCUCGCACUUACCGGCCGGCUUCGGUGCCUGCUACGCAGCGGUUACCGGUCUUUAUCUUUUACCAUGGGGGUGGGUUUAUGAUGGGCACUCUGAGUUCGGAGGAUGCGAUUUGCUCGCGCGUUGUCGUUGCUCAGGUGGCGGCUGAAUCCCCCGUGGUGGUUGUUAAUGUGAAUUACCGUCAUACCCCGGAGUACACGUAUCCGACCGCAUGGAAUGAUGCGGAGGAUUCCUUUCACUGGGUUCAUGACCAUAUCGAUGAUAUCAAUGGCGAGGCGGAGAACGUGGUCGUCGGAGGUAUUUCAGCGGGGGCCUAUCUGGCGGUGUCUCUGACGCUGGCGCAGAACAUCGGGGAGGAUGUAUCGUUGGCGCAGAGGCCUAAGGUCCGUGGCCAAGUGCUCAUGAUCCCGCCUCUUGUUACGGAGGACUGUUAUGCGUCGCUGGUUGCGCGGCUUCGUGAUCCCGCUAUCUCGAGUUAUGUGGAGUGCGAGCAUGCGCCGAUUCUCCCCGUUAGUAGGAUGCGUUUGUUUGGGAAGUUGCUCAAGCCGGCUGCUAGUGGGUCGGACCUGGAAUCUGAUAGACGGAUUAAUCCGGGGCUUGCGACGGCGGAUGAGGUCAAGGGUCUGCCGCCUACGACGUUCGGCAUCGCAGGGAGGGAUCCCUUGAGAGAUGAAGGGUUGUUGUUCGCGAUGUUGCUGGCCGAGAAUGGGUGAGGAGCCCGAGCCGGAUUGUUUCGCGUGUGAAAUGAUUGAUAGCUAACGGGUCGUGUUUUGCAGGGUGCCUACCGAUGUUAAUGUCUUCAAAGGGCUGCCACAUGGGUUUAGACGUUAUGG